AUGGAGGAUCAUAUGCUUCUGCCUGGCCAUAGGUUUUGCCCCUUGGAGGAUGAACUACUCUUGUACUACCUUAAGCCCAAGUUGGAUCUUUACGGCGACCAAGAACCAUGGAAGAUAUGGGAAAGAUUCGAAGCAAGACGGGCAAACGACUUGAGAAAGAACAAAGAUCUCUACUUCUUCACCCAAAAGAAGAAGGUCAGUGCAAAGGCCUCGCGUAUAAGUCAGAAAGUUGGGAGUGGUACUUGGAAAGGCCAAGCCGCAGCCAAGGACGUAUAUCUUCUGGAUGAGAAUCAGAAACCAACAACCACUCUUCUUGGUUUCAAGAAAACCUACACCUAUCAAAAUAAGCGUUCUGUGCAUCAUGGUCGCUGGAUCAUGUAUGAGUUCGAACUUCAUAAGUCGCAACUCCUGCCCAACAAGAUGAACGACUAUGUUCUUUGUUUACUUAGGAAAAAUGAUCAACUACCGGAAAGGAAGCGAAAAAGGCAACAAGAAGAGGAGAUGCUUGAGGAGGACUAUGUUGAGGGUGGUGAUGGAGAUAAUGAUUUGAACUGCGAUCCUGCAUUGUUGCUGGAGGAGCCGCAUGAGAAGCGGCAAUGCCUCCUACCUUGCUCCGAUAAUAAUGUGGCAGCACCAUCAUUGGAGUGGGCUGAACUAGAACAAUGGUUCAACCAACAAUUCUUGCAGCCAUUAGAAGCUGGAGCAACACCACUAGAAGAUGAGCCAGCUGUUUCUUUGCAAGUGUAUGAGGACUUGGGAGUACUGCAACCCCAUGACGAAAAUCUAGAGCAGCAAAUGGGAGAUGAAGUUGGUGUCAUGGCACAAGGAGAAUUAGUCGAUGUGUAUGGUGGGAAUUUGAGUGAUGUUAUCGUUGGCGAAGACUGGGCCAAGUCUUUUAUGGAAGACCUAAUGAAUGAUGAGCAGCUAAAUACCAUGGAAGACUAG